CGGCCUGCCCCGCCCCUUGGGCACCUGCGCGGGCCGCGCGGCAGUGUGGCCCCUUCCGUCCCUGCCGCCGCUGUGCUGCGUCCUUGUUGCCUCGCGAGUCCGCGUGUAGCUCUGUGCCGUCCGCCCGCGUACCCGUCGCUGGCUCGGACCAAUCCUAAAAUUCAGCUUUUUCGCCCGUCCCGGGCGGCCCUGCACCCUGGCGGAGGGGUCCACUUCCGCCGGCCGUGUGGCCACACCUCCUUGACCCUGUUCCAGGGCGGGACCUUCUGCAGCCACUAGGCUCCCUAUUAGCCCUCCCCUGGCGGGGGCGGGGCGACCCAGCGCCCGGAGGUUGGAGACCACCACCUGAGAGAAGAGGGUGAGAGUGGGCCGCGAUGCCCCGAAAAGUACCAGCUACGGCACCAGAAGCCGGAAGUGUGGAUUUCGGCAGCGGGAGAAGGGAAGGGUGACCGCAGGACCCGGACUUUCUCGGAGCGCCGGGGUCCGAGGAGUGCUCGCGGCUCGCCGUUCUUGCUCUUCUCACGUCGGACCGACUCCGCUGACAGACCCUCACUUGUUGGAUGAACAGGCCCCCCUGGAAGAGUCAGCUGUGUGAGAUGGUGCAGCCCAGCGGCGGCCCGGCAGGGGACCAGGACGUGCUGGGUGAAGAGCUUUCUCUGGGGAAGCCGGCUAUGCCCCACCUACCUUCUGAGCAGGGCACUCCUGAGACCUUCCAACGCUGUCUGGAGGAGAAUCAAGAGCUUCGAGAUGCCAUCCGGCAGAGCAAUCAGAUGCUUCGGGAGCGCUGCGAGGAGCUGCAGCGUUUCCGAGGCAGCCAGAGGAAGGAGAAGGAGUUCCUCGCGCAGAGAUUCCAGGAGGCCAGGAGGCUGGUGGAGAGACUGAGCCUGGAGAAGCUCGACCUGAGGAGGCAGAAGGAGCAGGCCCUGCAGGAGGUGGAACAUCUGAAGAGAUGCCAGAAGCUCGAUGCCUCCCCAGGCGGGCCCGGAACGCAGCAGGGCCGUCGUACUCGCGGUUUGGCUGACACGGCUAACGACAGUGAGAGGAUCCAGGCUGGAAUCAGCGAGGACAAAAGGGGCGUAGGGCAGGGUCCGGGAGACACCGGCAGUGAGCUUCCAGGUCCCUGGCCGGCGGGGUCGUGGGGCCGUGUGGUCCUGCGGUGACCCGUGACGUCGCGCGUGGGGCGGGGGGUGGGACACCGCCGGGGAAGCUUCCCUGAGCGCUGGUGUCGGGGGACUUUAGUGGGGGUCAGUCCUGUGGGCCCGGGGCUUCCACACGGCCGACCUCGAAUCCUCAGUCUCUGCCUCCCAGAUGUGAAGCCGGGCCCCCCCGCCCCCUCCCCCCCAGGAAUUAUUACACUCCUGGCGUAGUCGCCCGGCAGGGCCCUCAGGGAAGUGUGCCAGGUUCCUGGGGCUGCCGUGACAAGGGUCACAAACUGUGUGGUUCUAAGAAACAGAAAUGUACAGCCUCCCAGUCCUGGAGGCCAGAAGUGCAAGAGCAAGGUCUGGGCGGGACUGGUGUCUUCUGUGGCCUGUAGACACAUCGCUCCACCUCUGUCGCCGUGGUCCCCUCCCCUUCUCCCGGUGUCCGUGUGUCUCUCCUCCAGAGAGACAUACAGCUGGACAGUUUCAGCACUGAGAACAGGUCGUGUUGGUAAUUACUGACGGCAGGGGGAUGAGUUGAACUCCAUCAUGAUUUGUAGAGGUGACUGGUGACCUAGAGCGAGGGGGUGGAGGGGGAGUGAGCCGGGGCUCGAGUGAAAAUUCACAAACGCGUGAGGCUCGCCGGCAGUUACAGACGUUAGCACUGUGCCCUGCACAGAGCCUGGCAUUCUGAGGCCCUGUCCUUCGCGACGAGCCCAUUUCCAAGGUAUGGUUCUUGAGUCCUUGAGAAAGACUGUCCUGGGCUGUGGGAGGUACGUAGGCAUUUCAACAGGACUGAGAAAGGAUUCACAAUUGGAGGCCUCUUAGGAAAUGCUCCCAGCGAGCAGAGGUGGGGGUCUAGAGCUGCCGGAGGCCGACAUAGGCCAUCUUGGGGCCAUGCUAAGCUUUCCUAGGGGGUGUGCCGUCGCGGGGCCGGGCCCCUCAGGGUCGUGGCCCUUGGCUGUUAGGAGUCGUGUUAAAGUUUGUUCAGGGCUCUGAGUGCAGAGCUUCGGAUGGAGUCAAAGUCAUUUUGUGCUGAUUUCUUUUGUAGUUCUCAGCAGUCCUUGGAUCUCCUCCCCCACCUCCUCCAGUACGGCUUCAUCAUAACCUGAUUGCAUCUGCAAAUCAGGUCCUAUUCAUAGGUCCUGGGGGUCAGGACCUAUCGGGGGCCACCAUUCAGCCCAUUACAGCCUCAAACAGAUGUGCUCCGUGCUGUCUGCUCAGGGCCUUCGGGGCCUCCGUCCAUGUGGCCCCGGGAGUCCCCGCCCACCUGCCCCGGCUCCCGUGAUGGGGUACCAGUGUCUCGGCAGGGCCAGGACCCACCUAGCCCUGUCCGUCAGCCGACGAGUCUGGCAGCUUUGACAAGCUCAUGUACAUUGAACAAAACCUGGCACAACCUGAGUGUCCCUCACUGGAGAAGCCAAUAGAAUAAUACGAUGGAACUUUUUAACGGGUUUAUUGAGAUAAAAUUCACAUGUUGUAAAAGUCACCCUU